GGAGCGAGCGAGUGGGUGUGAGCGUUGGGGGCCGGCCAAACUUCCUGUCCCGCGCUGCCGCUGCUUCCGGCGGGAGCCGGAAGACGCUGUGUGUGGACGGAAUUCGGGACCGCCUGACGGCUAGCAGGCUGCCCCGGACGGGAAGUUUUUGAAACCUGUUAAAUGAUAAUGGGAAUUGAGAAUAGAAACAAAUUUAAUUGCAUAUUUGCCAUCACACUUCCGGCUGAUGUACAUAGCGAGUUGCUGUGUUAAAGAUUUUAUUUAUUUGACAGAGACAGACACAGUGAGAGCAGGAACGUAAGCAGGGGGAGUGGGAGAGGGAGAAGCAGACUUCCCGCAGAGCAGGGAGCCCGAUGCGGGGCUCAAUCCCAGGACCCUGGAACCAUGACCCAAGCCGAAGGCAGACGCUUAACGACUGAGCCACCCAGGCUAAAUUGAUUACCCACCCAGCACAGCAUCUUACAGGAAAAGCAUAGCAUUUCCUAGAGGAAUAUGAGCAUAACAGGAAGGUGUCAUUGACUCUGAAUUAAAUUUUUAACCUGUCCCUGAACAGCUACAGGAUUUGGAAGCUGAAUCAAUGUUAUCAGAUGAGUUAGAAUCCAAACCAGAGCUCCUGGUACAGUUUGUUCAGAAUACGUCCAUCCCAUUGGGACAGGGGCUAGUAGAAUCAGAAGCUAAAGACAUUACUUGCUUAUCCCUCCUUCCGGUGACUGAGGCCUCAGAAUGCAGUCGGCUAAUGUUACCAGAUGAUACUCCAAGUCAUACAAACUCCUCCAAGGAGGUCCCUUCCUCGGCUGUGUUGAGAAGCCUUCAGGUGAAUGUGGGCCCAGACGGAGAGGAGACGAGGGCUCAGACUGCACAGAAGUCCCCGGAGUUUUUGUCCACUCCAGAGUCUCCCAGCUUGUUGCAAGAUCUACAGCCAAGUGAUAGCACUUCUUUUAUUCUUCUUAACCUAACGAGAGCAGGUCUGGGCUCUUCAGCUGAGCACUUAGUAUUUGUACAAGAUGAGGCAGAGGAUUCAGGGAAUGAUUUCCUCUCCAGUGAGAGCACGGACAGUAGCAUCCCAUGGUUCCUCCGGGUUCAAGAGCUGGCUCAUGAUAGUCUGAUUGCUGCUACUCGCGCACAGCUGGCAAAGAGUGCAAAAACCAGCAGCAAUGGAGAAAAUGUCCACCUCAGUUCUGGUGAUGGGCAGCCCAAAGAUUCUGGGCCCCUUCCUCAAGUGGAAAAGAAGCUCAAAUGUACAGUUGAAGGCUGUGACCGGACAUUUGUGUGGCCAGCUCACUUCAAGUACCAUCUCAAAACACAUAGAAAUGACCGCUCUUUCAUCUGUCCUGCAGAAGGUUGUGGGAAAAGCUUCUAUGUGCUGCAGAGGCUGAAGGUGCACAUGAGGACCCAUAAUGGGGAGAAGCCCUUUAUGUGCCCCGAGUCUAGCUGUGGUAAGCAGUUCACUACAGCUGGAAAUCUGAAGAACCACUUGCGCAUCCAUACAGGAGAGAAGCCUUUCCUUUGUGAAGCCCAAGGAUGUGGCCGUUCCUUUGCUGAGUAUUCUAGCCUGCGAAAACACUUGGUGGUUCACUCAGGAGAGAAGCCUCAUCAGUGUCAAGUCUGUGGGAAGACCUUCUCUCAGAGUGGGAGUAGGAAUGUGCACAUGAGAAAGCAUCAUUUGCAGCUGGGAGCAGCUGGGAGUCAAGAGCAGGAGCAAACUGCUGAGCCACUAAUGGGCAGUAGUUUACUUGAAGAGGCUUCAGUAACCAGUAAAAACCUGGUGCCUAUGAAUUCCCAGCCCAGCCUUGGUGGAGAGUCCUUGAACCUACCAAAUACCAAUUCUAUCCUAGGAGUUGAUGAUGAGGUGCUUGCUGAAGGAUCCCCACGUCCCCUGUCUUCAGUGCCUGAUGUGACACAUCACUUGGUGACCAUGCAGUCAGGGAGGCAGUCAUAUGAGGUUUCUGUCUUAACUGCCGUAAAUCCACAGGAGUUACUAAACCAAGGAGAAUUAACUGAAAGCCGGACAUGAGCAUGGGCACUGACUCCUGGAAGAGCAGCUCUGUCUGAUCCCAGAGUGCACGUAGUGGGAACAGGAUGCUUCUGGCUCAUGGUCUGCCAGAAGCAAAAUGAAUCUGUGAAGGACAGGACCCCGCGUCUGCCUCUGUUCAUCUUUCCUGACAUAGAAGAUGAAUGUGGGAGAGCUUCUCUUCAAACCACAUCUGAUCCAGACAAGGAAGAAAGCAGUGAAUGUGAGCUGGGUAACUGUACCUACCUCUCUUCCCACUACAAAAUUUUGGGAAGGACUUCUCCCAAAAGGGAAUUGGAUUAUGUGUUGGCUGAAAUUUCUUCAGUAUGACUGUUGAGAUGGGAUUUUCCUCUGAAGAAUUUUCAUCCCCGACUCAGCUGUCUUUUCACAUGGAUGAACUAAGUCCUGCCACCAACCAUAAAACUUCACCAAGAAGUUGAGCUUUCAAGAUGCCUUGUUGCUUUGGAGAAGGGAGUGAUGCCAGUUCUGCUGUAGCAUUCUCCCUUUAGCAACCUGAGUAAGAGACUCUGCCGCUGGGCUGCAAAAAAAUAAAUUACUUGAAUCCCUA